AUGUCCGUUCUCAUCAAUGGUAGCACCACUAAGGAUUUCUUCGUGGAGAAGGGGCUUCGGCAAGGGGAUCCUCUUUCUCCUUUUUUAUUCGUUUUGGUCACAGAGGUUCUAACGGCGUUGAUGAAAAAGGCUAUCUCUAUUGGAGACUUCCGUGCUUUCAAGAUUAAUGAUAAUGUGGAAAGCAACAUUUUCGGUGUUAUUGUUGGUGAAGGGUAUCUCGAGACGGCUUCUAUCUUCCUAUCUUGUAAGAUUGAUAGAUUACCGUUUAAAUUUCUUGGAGUGAGAGUGGGAGAUAGCCCGAGGAAAUAUUCAAUGUGGCGGGAGUUGAUUUUGGUUAUGAAGAAUAGAUUGGCGGUGUGGAAAGGUGUGCAUCUAAAUAUAGCCGGUCACGUGUGUUUGAUAAAUGUCGUGUUAAGUGCUUUACCUAUUUACUCUCUCUCGUUUUACAAUGCCCCUUCCAAGGUCCUUAGUGAGAUUACCGCCAUUCAAAGAAAAUUUCUUUAG